AUGCCGCCCCGGUUACAAAUUCCUUCACUUCGGCGACCCGCCCUGCGGUGUCCAUAUGAACUCCAGAUCGUCAGGAAAGCCAGCACCGCAGCUGUGACUCCUGCGGCGCCCAUUGAGCAAAUGACACGCUCCCCGGCACCAAUCUCACGAUCUCCUCCUACCCAGCCCCCAUCGCAUCGUAACCCUGAAUACCGUCGGUCACAGCUUCUCCGACAAUAUACGUCAAUCCUUCGUACAUCUCCCCUGAUGGUCCUGUUCCAACACAACAACCUCAAGUCCAUGGAAUGGGCUUCUAUCCGACGAGAACUCACCAAGGCACUCGAAAAGGUGGAUGAGAAGAUUGCCGCCGAGGGCCGAACAUCUCCAGCUCUAGCUCCCUAUAUCAAGGUCCAGACUGUCCAGACUAGCAUCUUUGAAGUUGCCCUGCGCAUUGUCGAGCACUUCCGGCCUACCGAGGCUGCAUUGGCUUCCGGAAAGCCCCCGAGCGCCGUCGACCCCAUUACCCAGACCUCCGCCGAAUUGCCCAUGCUUUCCGGAUCCCGGGAUGAUCCCGCCCUUACCCACGACUUGUCGCGUGCCGCCUAUGAAGCGGUGAAGCACCUGAAGGGCCGCCACGAACUUGCCGACGUCCUUGUCGGUCCCAUCGCCAUCCUUUCUAUCCCUGCUGUUUCUCCCGAGCACAUGAAGGCCGCUUUGUCGAUUCUUACUCCCAAGGAAUCCGGCUUCCGUGCGCCUACUCGGAAAGCCAACCCAGACUACCACGAGCCUAUUGUGCAGAUCGGUUUGCAGAAGCUGAACCUUUUGGCUGCCCGUGUGGAUGGCCAGAUCUUGGACUUGAACCAGACUAAGUGGGUUGGAGGUAUUGAGGGUGGCAUGGAUGGCCUGCGCUCUCAGCUUGUUACAGCCCUGCAGAGCAUGGGCUCCAGCCUUACCAACACCCUGGAGGGAGCUGGCAAGAGCCUUUACUUCACCAUGGAGAGUCGGAGAAGUGUUUUGGAGGAGGAGCAGAAGCCCGAGGGCGAGAAGAGCGAAUCGUCUUAG